AUGUUACACAAAGAACUCAACAACAGCAACAUGUCUCUCCCCCUCCUCUUCACGAUCCCGCCCUCGAACCGCCAUGAAUUCCUCCUGCUCGACACAUCCUCCAAGAUCACGCUGAAGUCGCUCAACGCGCAGAUCACUUCUACAAUCUCAUCGAGUCCCAACUGCGCCGAAUGUACGUCGAAGCCGAACACACCAUACCAGACAGACAGCUUGGGACUUAUCGCUAACGAUGAAACCACAGUCAUGGCGAAGCACAAGGCCGCCGACGGCCCCAAAGAGACGAUCCAAGAGUUCAGGAUACACUGGGAUACCAAGACACGGGAUGGAAAGAUCUGGCCCGAGUACACUGUUGUGACGGAUGAGAACUUCCCGGCGAUAUUGGAGUUGUUGAAGGCGAAUCCCGUCAUGGGCGUACUGGAGAUUAAGCUGGGUAGUUCGGAUUAG